AUUAGAUUAAUUAAUUAAAUUUAUUUUCUUUUAAAUUAUAUAAGAAGACCAUAUUAUAAGAUUUUUAAUCUAAAUUUAAAGAGUAAAAUGAAAAAAAUAAUUAAAUAAUAAAACAAGUAAGGGUAUCAUUCCUGACAUUCCAUAUUUUUCCCUCCCAAGGCACACUGUGUGAACUUUCAAUAUGCAAACGAGAUCAGCGCGCUUUUUGCUCAGCACAGAGUAGCUUAUGGCUUUUUACUCCCCGACCUUCUUUGGCUCUACCUCUUCAUUCAGUGAUGCCCUAUGCAAUCGAUUGCCGUCCACUUGUUUACAGAUUCUUGUCGCUUUUACAGGAAUUCUCAAAUUGCCUCAUCCUGGUCAAGUCCAUCCAUGCUCAGACUAUCACCAAUCGCGUACUCGAAGAUCAGCUUUUGGCUACAAAACUUGUCAGGACGUACUGUGAUCUGGGACAUGUGGGCGAUGCCCGUCACGUGUUUGUUCAAUUUUCUCAUCCGAGAACUAUUCUAUGCAAUGCCAUGGUUGGUGGGUAUGUGAGAAAUGAGCGGUACCAUGAGACCCUUGAGUUGUUUAAAUUGAUGGGGUCUGGCAAUAUGGAGAUUGAUAGUUAUACAUGCAAUUUUGCGCUCCGGGCAUGCAUGGGCUUAUUUGAUUAUAAAAUGGGUAGGGAAGUAAUUAGGAGGGCGGCCGAAAAAGGACUUGAAAGUGACCCUUUUUUGGGGAGUUCGAUUAUUAAUUUCUUGGUGAAAUUUGGUAGUAUUGAUGAAGCACGAAGGGUCUUUGACGCAAUACCCGAGAGGGAUGUUGUUUGUUGGAACUCUAUGAUCGGUGGGUGUGUGCAGGCAUGCCAAUCUAAUGAGGCUUUUGAUUUGUUUUUUGAUAUGCGUCGUUUGGGGAUUAGGCCAAGUCCCGUAACUAUGGUAAGCUUGAUCCAAGCUUGUGUAGAAGCAAGGUAUUUGAAACUUGGCGAAUGUGUUCAUGGGUGUGUACUUGGAUUAGGAAUGGGCGGUGAUGUUUUGGUGCUUACCUCAUUGGUUGAUAUGUAUAGUAAGAUGGGUUAUGUUGAAAUUGCCCGCUGGGUUUUUGAUAGCAUGCCCACAAGAAAUUUGGUAUCGUGGAAUGCUAUGAUGUCAGGAUUUGUUCAAAAUGGUUUGGUGCGAGAAGCUGUUGACCUCUUUUGCAGGUUGGUAUUUAGUGGUGGUGGGUUUGAUUCAGGAACCAUGGUUUGCCUCCUUCAGGGUUGUGCUCAAACGGCUGAUUUGCGCGGUGGAAAAGUCCUCCAUGGUUGUAUGUAUAGGAAGGGUCUUACUUCGAAUCUCAUUUUGUCUACUGCAAUUGUUGAUCUGUAUUCUAAAUGCGGCGCCUUGAAGCAGGCAUCCAAUGUCUUUGACAGAAUGAAACACAGGAAUGUGGUUACUUGGACUGCCAUGCUAGUAGGGCUAGCACAGAAUGGACAUGCCGAAGAUACCCUGAAUUUAUUUAGUCGGAUGCAAGAAGAGGGAGUUGCAGCCAAUUCUGUCACACUUGUCAGUUUGAUCCAUUCGUGUGCCCACCUAGGCUCUUUGAAAAAAGGAAGAAGCAUCCAUUCUCAUUUAAUUCGCAAUGGUUUUGCAUUUGAUGUAGUUAAUGUGACAGCCCUGAUUGAUAUGUAUGCCAAGUGUGGAAAGAUAAACUCUGCUGAGAGAGUAUUUGGCAGUGGGCUCGGCUCUAGAGAUGUUAUUUUAUGGAACUCGAUGAUAACCGGAUAUGGGAUACAUGGCCAAGGGCAUCAAGCUGUUGGUGUCUAUCAAAAAAUGAUAGAGCAGGGCCUGAAGCCAAAUCAAACCACCUUUGUUGCUCUUCUGACUGCUUGUAGUCACUCAGGGCUUGUGGAAGAUGGCAUUAUUUUGUUUCACAAAAUGGAGAGAGACCAUAACAUUAGGCCUACUGAGAAGCACUAUGCUUGUUUUGUGGAUCUUCUUAGCCGGGCAGGCCGUAUUGAGGAAGCCGAGGCAUUAGUCAGAAAAAUGCCUUUUCAACCAGGCAGUGCUGUGCUUGAAGCUUUGCUGAGUGGAUGUCGAACUCACAGAAACAUUGAUAUCGGAAUUCAAACAGCAGAUAGAUUACUUCAUUUAGAUUCCAUGAAUCCUGGAAUUUACGUUGUGCUAUCAAACAUAUAUGCUGAAGCAAGGAGAUGGGAUGCAGUAAAUUACAUUCGAGGCCUCAUGAGAUCACGGGGGCUGAAAAAAACACCUGGCUAUAGUUCCAUUGAAGUAGGAAACCAGGUCUACACAUUUUUUGCAGGAGAUUCUAGUCAUCCAAGGUGGGCAUAUAUUUAUCAGUUUUUGGAAAGUUUGAGGCUGGAGGUUGAGGCUUCUGGUUAUGUGCCAGAUACCAGUUGUGUUCUGCGUGAUAUAGAGGAGCCAAUGAAGGUUAAGUUGCUCUGGGGCCAUAGUGAGAGAUUAGCCAUUGCUUUUGGUCUUUUAAGCACGCCAGCUGGGAGCUUGAUUAGGAUCACCAAGAAUCUGCGCGUUUGCACUGACUGUCAUGUUGUGACCAAAUAUAUAUCUAAGAUUGUCAAGAGGGAAAUCAUUGUAAGAGAUGCCAAUCGUUUCCAUCACUUUCUUGAUGGGAAAUGCUCCUGCAACGGCUACUGGUGAUGAGUAAAAUGAGAUCUUCUUUAGAGGAAAUGGCAAGCAAAUGAACCAUAUUGGAGAAACAAACGCAGCAUCACUGGACAUUUCGAAAGCUGCAACACCAUUCAUAUGGGUUGAAGAACCUAAUUUUAGAGGGAGAUUCACUGGUCAACAUUUAUGCAAACAAGAUAGAGAUUCUCUUUCAACUAGAGGAUAGCUCCAAUGAUCAAUGUUAUCCACACACGCAUGGGAAAAGCAACAAGCUGGAAACCCAACAAGAUCCACAAAAGUGCUGAUGAAACUGCCGCAUCUAACCUCAUUAAUGGAAGCAUCCUCAUUCCUAAAAGCCUCUCCUUGAAGAAUGUCUGAGAU